AUGGCGGAGGCCUCGCUCUCACAGCUGAGGGGAGAUGCCGAAGCCACGCCUUGCCCCAGCGUCCUGGAACUGGAGGAGCUCCUGAGGGCAGGGAAGGUUUCUUCCAGCCACGUGGAUGAAGUUUGGCCCAACCUUUACAUAGGAGAUGCGGCCACAGCAAAUAACCGCUUUGAGCUGUGGAAGCUGGGCAUCACCCACGUGCUGAAUGCCGCCCACGGGGGCCUCUACUGUCAGGGCAGCCCUGACUUCUAUGGCAGCAGUGUGAGCUACCUGGGGGUGCCAGCCCACGACCUUCCUGAGUUCGACAUCAGUGCCUACUUCUCCUCGGCAGCUGACUUCAUCCACCGUGCCCUCAGCACGCCUGGGGGUCCUGGUGCACUGCGUGGUCGGGGUGAGCCGCUCCGCCACACUGGUCCUGGCCUACCUCAUGCUGCGCCAGCAGCUCUCCCUGCGCCAGGCGGUGAUCACCGUGAGGGAGCGCCGAUGGGUCUUCCCCAACAGAGGUUUCCUCCACCAGCUCUGCCGGCUGGACCAGCAGCUGCGGGGUGCAGGCCGGAGCUGAGGGGCCAGAGCUGGGCCUUACUGCCUGCUAUGGGGCUCUGCCACUUUGCCCUGGCCCUGCUGGUGCUGCUGGAGGUUGUGGCCCAGGUGGAUACCCAGAAGAUGGUAAGAGCCCAGUGCGGGGCCCGCCCUAGAGCCUGCAAGUCCAUCCACUUCCUCCUGCUGCCUGCACUCCCUCUCGGCCACGGCCUCCAGUUCUCACAGAAACAGCAUCAACUGUGCAGAGACAGGCGUCUGGAAGCUGGGAGCAAAAAGUGCCUGCCAGAGAAGACCACAGCCUGGGCCAAAUACCCCCACAGGAUGGACUCAUUGCAGAAGCAGGACCUCCGGAGGCCCAAGAUCCAUGGGUCAGUCCGGGUGUCCCCCUACCAGCCACCCACGCUGGCCUCUCUGCAGCGCUUACUGUGGGUCCGUCGAGCUGCCAUGUUGAACCACAUCAACGAAGUCUGGCCCAACCUCUUCCUGGGAGAUGCGUACGCAGCCCGGGACAAGAACAAGCUGACCCAGCUGGGCAUCACCCAUGUUGUGAAUGUCGCCGCAGGCCAGUUUCAGGUGGACACAGGUGCCAAGUUCUACCGCGGAAUGCCCUUGGAGUACUAUGGCAUCGAGGCUGACGACACCCCCUUCUUUGACCUCAGUGUCUACUUUCUGCCUGUUGCUCGAUACAUCCGAAGUGCCCUCAGUGUUCCCCAAGGCCGUGUGCUGGUACACUGUGCCAUGGGGGUGAGCCGCUCUGCCACAGUUGUCCUGGCCUUCCUCAUGAUCUGCGAGAACAUGACACUGGUGGAGGCCAUCCAGACUGUGCAGGCCCACCGCGACAUCUGCCCCAACUCAGGCUUCCUCCGGCAGCUCCAGGUCCUGGACAACCGACUGGGGCGGGAGACGGGUCGGCUCUGA